UCUGUAUCAUUUUUUUAAUAAGGUAGUAGAGAUUCAAAAGGCCUCGAGCCACAAGCAAUAAGAGAUAAAGAGGGAUAGUAGAUAGUUCGUGUAAGUAUGGAACAUGCGGCUGUAUUCAGCACAGCUUCCGAACAUGAUCCAGAUGCACCAUCAAGCCCUAUCAGCAAGUUAAUCCUUGUUUCCUCCAUUGCUGCCGGUGUACAAUUCGGUUGGGCUCUACAACUCUCCCUUUUGACACCAUACGUACAAGUUUUAGGUGUCCCCCACACAUGGUCAAGCUUCAUUUGGCUUUGUGGCCCCCUAUCUGGCUUGCUCGUCCAACCCACAGUCGGCUACUACAGCGACCACUGCACCUCCAAGUACGGUCGUCGCCGUCCAUACAUAGUAGCUGGUGCUAUCCUCGUCGCCUUUGCCAUCGUCCUUAUUGGCUUUGCAGCUGAUUUCGGCAGCAUGUUAGGCGACUCUCUAACGCAAAGAACCAAACCUAGAGCAGUCGUUUUCUUCGUGAUAGGAUUUUGGAUAUUGGAUGUUGCAAACAAUACAUUACAAGGCCCAUGUCGGGCUUUUUUAGCAGAUCUCUCAGGGAAUAACCAUUCCAAAAUGAGCGCUGCAAAUGCAUUCUUUUCAUUUUUCAUGGCCGUCGGGAAUGUCUUGGGUUAUGCUGCCGGAUCAUACCCUAAACUAUAUCGCAUCUUCCCAUUCACAAAGACUGAAGCCUGUGAUUUCUAUUGUGCCAACCUCAAAACUUGCUUUAUUUUCUCCAUUGUCUUGCUAACAAUCCUAACCACAUUGGCUUGCACCUUAGUGAAAGAGGUACCGCUCUCGCCAAUCAAGAAGGGUAAGCAAAUAGAAGGAGAAGAAUCAAAACUAUUUUUUAGCCAACUUGGGUCAGCAAUGAAAGACAUAUCAAGACCCAUGAUGCUUCUUCUUGUGGUAACAAGCUUGAACUGGAUCGGUUGGUUCCCAUUCAUAUUGUACGAUACAGAUUGGGUGGGAAGGGAAAUAUAUGGAGGAAAAGCAGAUGGAACAGUUGUAGAAGCAAAGUUGUAUGAUCAAGGCGUGAGUGUAGGAUCAAUGGGACUAAUGUUGUAUGCAGUGAUUCUAGGAUUCGUGUCACUAGCCAUCGAGCCUAUGGCCCGUUGCCUUGGCGAUGUUAAGCGGGUAUGGGGUAUUGGAAACUUGAUACUAGCAUUUUGCCUCGUACUGACGUUGUGGGUCAGUAAGAUGGCUGAGAAUGCUAGGAAUGGCAUCCCUAAGCCCCCUCCUUCUGGUGUCAAAAACUUUGCCUUGGCUAUUUUUGGUGUGAUGGGUAUCCCACAAGCGGUUACUUUUAGCAUUCCAUUUGCUCUAGCUUCAAUCUUUUCCAACGCGUCUGGAGCUGGUCAAGGACUUUCUUUGGGACUGUUGAAUAUUUCAAUUUGUAUACCACAGUUGAUUGUAGCUGUGAUUAUUGGACCAUUGGAUGCUGCAUUCGGAGGUGGUAACUUGCCUGGCUUUGUGAUGGGUGCCAUUUCAGCUGCAAUAAGUGGGGUUUGUGCCUUCACUAUACUUCCAAAUUCAUCUCAUCUACAAGACUGAGGAGCCCUUGAACGUGCUGGAUACAUGGAUAGGCUAGUGUACCAUUUGGAUCUUGAGGAAGUGCAUGGGGGCAUUGCCAGUAAUAAAGCUAGGGAGAUCAGCUUUUAAGGAUGGUGAUAGAAUAAGUUUUGGAGCACAAAAACAUUUUACUUUAACAUUUUAUUUCAGUGUUUGGUUUCUGUGAUUGUAACAGAACUAAAGUUCAUAAUAUAAACUUUUUUCGACA